AUGUGUGCCUUGUUCCAUCACAAAGACGACCUGGUUGUUUCUGCUUCCUUGGAUCAAACUGUUCGUGUUUGGGAUAUUGGUGCUCUGAGGAAGAAAACAGUAUCCCCUGCUGAUGACUUCCUUCAGUUGAGUCAGAUGAACACGGAUUUCUUUGGUGGAGUUGACGCCAUUGUUAAGUAUGUCUUAGAGGGCCAUGACCGAGGAGUCAACUGGGCCUCAUUUCAUCCCACUCUUCCUCUAAUUGUUUCUGGAGCAGACGAUCGCCAACUGAAAGUAUGGCGAAUGAAUGAAGAUAAAAGUAUUCGUGUGUGGGAUGCUACAAAAAGGACUGGCCUUCAAACUUUUUGUAGGGAGCAUGAUAGGUUUUGGAUUCUUACGGCUCAUCCUGAGCUGAACCUUCUGGCAGCUGGUCAUGAUAGUGGCAUGAUAGUUUUCAAGUUGCAGAGAGAGUGUCCUGCUUUCUCUGUGAGUGGUGAUUCUGUUUAUUAUGUGAAAGACCGUUUUCUGCGCUUCUAUGAGUACUCAAGUCAGAAAGACACUCAAGUAAUACCAAUCCGUAGGCCUGGUUCCAAUAGCUUGAAUCAAAGCCCUAGAACUCUUUCUUAUAGCCCUACUGAGAAUGCUGUUUUGAUCUGUUUGGAUGGAGAUGGAGGAUAUUAUGAACUUCAUAUUGUUCCUAAAGACAGCUUUGGUAGAGUUGACACUGUUCAAGAGGCCAAAAAAGGUCCUGGAGGAUCAGCAAUUUUCAUGGCUCGAAAUAGGUUUGCUGUGCUUGAGAAGAGCAGCAACCAAAUUUUAGUCAAGAACCUUAAAAAUGAGAUUGUCAAGAAGAGCUCACUCCCUGUUGUUGCCGAUGAAAUAUUCUAUGCUGGUAUGUUAUUUGGUCAAGUGACAUGGAAAAGUGUUGCUCUGCUAAGCAAACAUUCUAUAAGUAUAGCUGAUAAAAAACUUGUNAUCUGUUUGGAUGGAGAUGGAGGAUAUUAUGAACUUCAUAUUGUUCCUAAAGACAGUUUUGGUAGAGUUGACACUGUUCAAGAGGCCAAAAGAGGUCCUGGAGGAUCAGCAAUUUUCGUGGCUCGAAAUAGGACAGAGGACAAAGUAGUCAUUUUUGACCUCCAACAGAGGAUUGUCCUGGAGGAUCUUCAAACUUCUACGAUUAGGUAUGUUAUUUGGUCAAGUGACAUGGAAAGUGUUGCUCUGCUAAGCAAACAUUCUAUAAGUAUAGCUGAUAAAAAACUUGUGCACCGUUGCACUCUUCAUGAGACCAUUCGUGUCAAGAGUGGAGCCUGGGAUGAUAAUGGUGUCUUCAUAUAUACAACCCUGACGCACAUUAAAUACUGCCUUCCUAACGGGGACAGUGGAAUCAUUAGAACCCUUGAUGUCCCAGUAUACAUCACUAAGAUAUUUGGAAAUACAAUCUUUUGCUUGGACCGAGAUGGGAAAAACCGUCCCAUUAUUAUCGACUCCACUGAAUAUAUGUUCAAGCUGUCUCUGCUGAGGAAGAGAUUUGACCAGGUUAUGAACAUGAUCAGGAGCUCGGAGCUCUGUGGACAAGCUAUGAUUGCAUAUCUCCAGCAAAAAGGUUUUCCCGAAGUUGCACUGCAUUUUGUAAAGGAUGAGCGAACUCGGUUUAACUUGGCACUAGAAAGUGGGUACAUUCAAAUAGCCGUUGCUUCUGCAAAGGAAAUUGAUGAGAAAGAUCACUGGUAUAGGCUGGGGGUGGAGGCCCUUCGUCAGGGUAAUUCAGGUAUUGUAGAAUAUGCAUACCAGAGAACAAAGAACUUUGAGCGUCUAUCUUUCUUUAUCUGA